GAAAAUAGAAGGGAGAAGGUGUAUUUUAAGAGAUAUAAAUAUGUUUUCAACGAAACAACGGAGACGAUUGCAUGGAGAUUCGCCAACUAUUCGAGGAUCACAAAUUCGAACAGAAAUCACGGAAGAACAAAGACAUGAGAUCAAAGAGGCAUUUGAACUGUUUGAUUCAGACAAGGACGGGGCGAUUGACUAUCAUGGAUUGAAAAUAGCAAUGAGAGCUCUUGGGUUUGAGGCUGAAAAAGCUGAAGUAUUGAGUAUUUUGAGAGAAAAUGGGAAGAACGGGCGAGGAGUUAUUAUGUAUGAAGAUUUUGCACGAGUAAUGACGGAAAAGAUUUUGGAAAGGGAUCCAUUAGAUGAAAUUAAGCGUGCAUAUGCAUUGUUUGCGGAUGAACAAACAGGGAAAAUUAAUAUUCGUAAUCUUCGUCGUAUUGCUAAAGAAUUGGGAGAGAAUAUUGAUGAUCAAGAAUUGAUGGCUAUGAUUGAUGAAUUUGAUUUAGAUCAAGAUGGUGAAAUUAAUGAGCAGGAAUUUAUUAAUAUUAUGAUCGAUGAAAUAUAGGGAAAAAU